CCGAGCUUCCCUCAACAUCAUCCUCUCGGACUUUCACACAACAACUCCCUCACCUCGGAGCCAGCCAUUCUUUGGGCCGGCAGGACUCCCCAAACAUUUAACAACUUAGAUCUGGUCACUAGGUCAUCAGUACAGCAUCGGCCAAAAGAACCACAGAUGUGAGAGAGACAGGCCCUUGGAGCUCUCGCCGUCGAACCCCACCCCCGCCUCCUUCUGCGCAGCAGCAGCAGCAGUGCGCCUGUGCACCUCCGGCCGCCUGCGCCAGCAACCUCCCGCGACAGCCUCCCCUCCCCUCCUCUCCGAGCCGAUCUCAGAGGCAAUCAGUCUGAGGCAAGCUCAGGCCACUCCCUGCGCAGGCACAAAACUAGCUGCCAGUUGAAGAGUCCGGAAGCAUGUGGAACGACGAAGACAACAACCCCUACGGGGACAGCUUUGACAGGAGGGACUCGUUUUCCUCGUCCAUUGCUAAUCCCACCUCUCCAACAUCCCAUGAGUAUCCUCAGUAUGACAUCCCACAGCCUCCAGAGGAGACCCACCAGUCCAGCUACAAUGCCCCUGCGACUUCAUCCCCAGAGAGCGACGAGGACGACCAAGAGCAGUUGGCCCCGCGCCGGAAGCCUGGUGGCUACGACAGCCGCAUUGAGCAGAUUCUCUACGAGAACCCCGAGCUGCCCAUCCUGAUCACAGAUGCGGGCAAGAGCCUGGAGAGCGGGGGAAGAUACAUUGUCUACACCAUCAGGACAGGUGAUCUCGAGGUUCGCAGACGGUACUCGGAGUUUGCCUCUCUUCGGGACGCCCUCAUUCGACUCCACCCCACGUUGAUCAUCCCCCCGAUCCCCGAGAAACACACAAUGGCAGACUAUGCGGCCAACCCGACGAACGCGAAGCAGGACCAGCAGAUUAUUGACUUGCGGAAGCGCAUGCUGGCGGUGUUCCUGAAUCGAUGUCGGAGGAACCAGCAGAUCCGAACGGACGGGGUCUGGUGGCGUUUCCUUGACCCUAACGCAAGCUGGAACGAGGUUUUACAUUCUCACCCAAUAGCUUCCAUACCAAAGUCCAUCUUCAAGGCUCCCCCGUUGGAUCCUGCGAACCCAACACCUGCUCACGGCUACCUCCCAAUCCCGACGUCCUCGAACAAGUUGAAAUCGCAACAAACCAUCGGACCCGGGGUGGACGGGGCCUUUGGAACGGGCAACAACGCGGGACUGUCCCGAUUCCCGCCCGAAAACGCAAACCUGAGCGAGCAGGAGCUAGACCCCUACUUUACGUCUUUCGAGUCCUCCAUCAAGGAGCUCGAGCAGCUGCUUACGGGGCCGAUGGAGAAGGUGAACCGGCGGACGCUCAGCCACUACUCCCUGUUAGCGACAGACCUGUCUGAGCUCGGUGCGAAGUACAACGCCUUCGCGCUGUCGGAACAGGACCCCACGCUCGGCCCGGUCAUAGAGCGGAUCGGACAAGCGGCAGACAUGUCAUACGUUGCAACAGAAGAACUUUCGACUUCCCUGGGUGCCAGCUUCGCGGAGCCCAUGAGGGAAAAUGCGCAGUUCGCCGGGGUGGUCCGAAGUGUGCUGCGAUACCGGAUCAUGAAGCGGAUACAACAGGAGGUCACCAAUGAUGAGCUGAACAAGAAGAGGCUGCUGCUGGACCAGCUUGAGAGGAGCGAGGCUGAAGCGCGCAGGAUUGACCAGUACCUGAGUGGAAGCCAACAGAUCCAGCCGCCCAAGAGGUCUGCGAGUGUGCAGGAGUCGCCGAACCGUCAUCGCAGGGAGGGAAGCGGCGAGGAUACAGCUUCGAUCGAUUCCGACUUCCCACCUACUCACGGCGACGUGUCGUCAGCACCAUCGGCCAAGAUCGGAUCUCCGGAGCGAUCGACCAGCAGCCCGGGCCAUAAGAAGGCGGCGAGCGGCAACUCGAUCACGAACAAAAUCUUUGGCCCGAUACGUCACGCAGUUCAGGGAGUUGUGGACGUCGAUCCGGAGAAGACACGACGAGAUACCAUAGGAAGGACUCGAGAGUCUAUCGCCCAGCUCGAGCAGGCCCAGGUUGCCGUCGCCAAGGAUGUCAAGGAUGCCAGCGCCAGUGUCCUGAAAGACAUGAAGCGGUUUCAAAAGGAGAAGGAGGAUGACCUGAGGCGCUAUAUGCUUGCCUACGCCAAGAGCCAGAUCGAGUGGGCCAAAAAGAACAAGGAGACGUGGGAGGAGGCGAGGGCCGAGGUUGACAAGAUCGACGAGUCUUAGGGGGCCCGUCGCCCCAAGGCGCAGGUGGCGCCUGACGAUGAUGAGACGAUGAGCAUGAUGGACGGGUGGGUGGAUGACUUUCCGCCGAGCCAGGCCUAGAGAGAAGGAAGGAAGCCCCGACUUCCCCUUUUUUAAUGAGGCCCGAAGGUUGCAAAAAAUGGGGUCUAAUUGUAUAAUGGAGAAAAGCAGCGAGCGCAUGCAUCGUGGGCUUCUUGCUGAUAUUGGUCAUGGGGGGGGGGGGAGGAAGGCAGACACCACCAACGGGAGGGGCCGUUCUGGGGCUGCUCUGUCUUUUUUUUUCUUUUCUGCGGCCAGCCAGCCUUGAUUAUUGGUUGGCUUAGUCGAGCCGAGCCGAGCAUGCAUUCCUGACAGGCAGCAAGACAAUGGAUUAUCCAGAUUUAGAGGACUUGGCUAUGCUGGUGUGGAUUGAUGCUAGCUUUGUAGGAGUGGGUUUUGUGUAAAGGCCUUGUUUGAGUUGGUUCGGCCACCGGUUAGCAGGAGAGCUGCCCCAAUUAGUAGAGGCCAUAUCUGAGUGGAGAGGCCAAGCCCAAGGCUGAAUGAAGCCAAGCAGUUAGGAUGACCGUGGUUGUGCAGUAGCUAACCUUACCUAUAGCUAC